GACGAUGGAGCUUGUUCGAUUUAACUUUGUGCUGAAAGCGGCCGGGUGUCUGAUUCUCCUGUGGGCAAGUGGUUCUGUUGCAGCCCCCAUGGAGUGUCACUUCAACUCGAAAGCGCUGUGUGUGUUUGAGGGGCGACAAUACGCGCCGGGCGAAACGUGGAUGGACACCUGCACGCAGUGCACCUGUCUGCAGCCAAUGGGCGUCGGCUGCUGUGCCACGGUACAACGGCCGGUGGACUUCCCCGCGUGGUGUGAGGUGCGAGUGGAGCCAGUCACCUGCAAAGUGACCCUUGUCCUUGCCGCUGACAGGCGCCUUCCUUGCCUGCCGGGCGAGGACAUGAGGGACCCCAGUCAUGGAUCACAAAACCAGCUGGCGGAAUAGCACCAGCGUCUAAUGGGCCUCUACGCCCAUCACAGUACAAUAUCCAGUAAUAGACAAUGAAGUAAAUGUUAGUGUAACAGAAUGAUACAUGCAUUUUUUAACAAUGAGCAAUUUGAUACUGGUUUAUCAUUACAUUAAUAAGCCUCUUUGUGAAAAUAGCAAUAAUAUAUUUUAUUUUUUUCCUGCUGUUUUUUUCACUUAUGUCAAGUGCUAAUGUUUAAUCAGCAUGUAUUUAUAUACAAUGUUCAUC